AAGAGAGGAAACAUAGGCAAAGCGCCCCAACCCCACCGCUCCUAUAAAAAUUCUUUCAAGGGCAUAGACUCAAAGUUUCCUCAGCCUCAUCUGAGAAAGCAAACAGGGAACUCCUAAACCUUUAGCAAAGGCCUGUUUGGUUGGGUGCGUAAACAAGGAAAACUUAGCAAAGUGAAGAGAGAAAGUGAAAGGGAAAGGGAAAGGAAAGGAGAGAAAGAUUUUUCUUUCUUGUGUGUAUGUGUGUGAGUGGGGGGGACUUCUUUUUGGAGGAGAGGCAUAUGAAACUGAAGAGUUUGUUUUUUGCAGCUCAUAUCAGUGCAACAAAUGAUGGCAGGAAACCCUAGCUGGUGGAGCAUGCAUCCACCUUCUCAACAAUCUUCUGCUUUGUUAACUCCAUCCCCUUCUCUCUUCCCUCCUCAAUAUGUUCUCGGAUCUUCUACUCUUCCUCCUAAUUCUUUGGCUGAUAACCAAGAGCUUCCACAGUCAUGGAGCCAACUACUCUUGUGUGGAUUAUCAGGCGAAGAAGAAAGGUUUGGUCCAAGUCAUUUUCACACAAAAAAGUUGGAAAAUUGGGAAAACCAAAUCCUAAAUCCGUCUUCGAGGGUUCCAGUUGUUGACGUAAAGCAAGAGGUUACUCAAAAUAGCAACUUGUACGGUCAUGGUGAUGAAGAAUUUCAAGCAUCUAGGCCGCCUGCUGCUGCUGCUUGGUCCCAUAUCAUGCCAGUUUCUUCUCCUAGGUCUUGUAUUACUAGUUUAAGUGGUAGUAAUAUAUUAGACUUCUCUUAUAACAAGGCGGCAGAUGGGACUAAUACUCAACCCCUAGAUCAUUCUUCUGAGUGUAAUAGCACGGCCACGGGUGGGCUGUGCAAGAAGGCUAGGGUUCAGCCGUCUUCAAGCCAACCACCUCUAAAGGUGAGAAAAGAGAAGCUAGGAGAUAGGAUAACAGCACUUCACCAGUUAGUUUCCCCAUUUGGAAAGACUGACACUGCUUCUGUCUUGUUAGAAGCUAUUGGGUAUAUCAGAUUCCUUCAGGGUCAAAUUGAGGUGAUGUUUCUUCCACAUUUUAUACUCUCUGCUAGCAGCUCAGGAAUCAGUGAGAAGCAUGCGCUUAGCUCCCCUUACUUGGGCACUGCAUCUACAAACAUGAGAAACCAACAAUCUGUACAACGAGAAAGGAAUUGUGCAUUUCCUGAAGAACAAGGACAGGAUAUCCAAGAUAAGCCAAAGGACUUAAGGAGUAGAGGGCUGUGCUUGGUUCCAGUAUCUUGCACUCAACAAGUUGGAAGUGAUAAUGGUGCUGAUUACUGGGCACCGGCUUUCGGCGGCGGGUUUUAAGGAGGCAAUUUACUUUUGAUUAGAUUGCAGCAACUGCUCUGCUUGAAGCAAUUUCAAUGGAAUGGAAUGAUAUAACAUCAUGAGCAGUCACUCUGCUGAAUUCUAUAAGGCUGAUUGCUCAUGAUGCUAUUGCAUUCUCCACCAGAUGAUAAACUAUGGUUCUUGUACCUUUCUAUUAAUUAGGAUAGCUUUGUAUUGUAGCUUUUCUUUGAGCUAUGAACUAGAGCUUCGUCUAUGCGAAGUUCACUUCUAUUAUUGUUCAUCUCAAAAGAAAAAAAAAAAAGAAGAAAAAACUAGUUGGGAAAGCACCAUUCUUUCUUGAGGAAAGAAUCUUGACUCUCACAAAUGAACUAGCUCAUUUCUUCUCUUUCCUUUUUCCCUUUUUAUUUUUCUUGUUAAUCUUUUCAUUGCUAUCUUUUAGAAGGAUCCUUGCAAGCU